AUGGCAUGGUCCAGUGAUGAAUGCCUGGAAAUCAGCUGCUCUGACUCUGUCAGACUGGUGAACGGGACUGGUCUGUGUUCAGGCAGACUGGAGGUGAGGUUUGACCAGCGCUGGUCCCCAGUGUGUGAGGAGGACUUGGACCUGCAGGGUGCUCAGGUGGUCUGCAGGGAGCUGGGCUGUGGGGCUCCUUCAGUCUUCAAGGGGGGAAUGUUUGGAGAAGUGGAGGCUCCGUUCUGGACUAAGAAGUUCCAGUGUGAAGGCCACGAGUCUGCUCUCCUGGACUGUUCAGAGUCAGGGUUGACUGGGAACACCUGUCCACCUGCUACAGCUGUUGGGCUCACCUGCUCAGACCCUGAUGAUGAAGUCCGGUUGGUGGGAGGAUCCAGCACCUGCUCUGGUAGACUAGAGUGGAAACACCAUGGAGAGUGGAGACCAGUGAAGCCUUCUUUCUCUUCCUGGACUCUAAAGGAAACAGCUGUGAUUUGUAAGAGACUCGACUGUGGCUCUGCUGUUUCAUCUAGAGCGAUAGAGGAAUCCUCUGACAGACCUGUGUGGUGGAUCAUCUCUGGUUGUGUAGAGUCUAAAUCUACAUUAAAGGAAUGUGUGAACACAGAGGAUUAUUCCACCUCUUAUGGGCUUGAAAUCACCUGCUCAGACUCUGUCAGACUGGUGAACGGGACUGGUCUGUGUUCAGGCAGACUGGAGGUGAAGUCUGACCAGCGCUGGUCCCCAGUGUGUGAGGAGGACUUGGACCUGCAGGGUGCUCAGGUGGUCUGCAGGGAGCUGGGCUGUGGGGCUCCUUCAGUCUUCAAGGGGGGAAUGUUUGGAGAAAUGGAGGCUCCGUUCUGGACUAAGAAGUUCCAGUGUGAAGGCCUUGAGUCUGCUCUCCUGGACUGUCCAGAGUCAGGGUUGACUGGGAACACCUGUCCACCUGCUACAGCUGUUGGGCUCACCUGCUCAGACCCUGAUGAAGUCUGGUUGGUUGGAGGAUCCAGCACCUGCUCUGGUAGACUAGAGUGGAAACACCAUGGAGAGUGGAGGAUAGUGCAUCCAUCGCACUCUUACUGGACUCUAAAGUUUUCAGCUGUGAUUUGUGGGAGACUCGACUGUGGCUCCGCUGUUUCAUCUAGAGUGACAAACGAACCCUCUGACAGACCUGUGUGGGGGAUCAACCCUGACUGUGUAGAGUCUAAAUCUACAUUAAAGGAAUGUGUGAACACAGAGGAUCGAUCCAGCGUUUUUGGGCUUGAAAUCACCUGCUCAGACUCUGUCAGACUGGUGAACGGGACUGGUCUGUGUUCAGGCAGACUGGAGGUGAGGUCUGACCAGCGCUGGUCCCCAGUGUGUGAGGAGGACUUGGACCUGCAGGGCGCUCAGGUGGUCUGCAGGGAGCUGGGCUGUGGGGCUCCUUCAGUCUUCAAGGGGGGAAUGUUUGGAGAAGUGGAGGCUCCGUUCUGGACUAAGAAGUUCCAGUGUGAAGGCCACGAGUCUGCUCUCCUGGACUGUGGAGGAUCUGGCUCAGUUAGAAACACCUGCUCACCUCGUAAAGCUGUUGGACUCUCCUGUGAAAAUCCAGAUAAUUACAGGUUGGUGGGAGAGCCCAGCCGGUGUGCAGGAACACUGGCGAUGAAACACAUGGAGGAGUGGAGACCUUUGGCAGAGAAGAGUUCUCACUGGGACCAGAGGUCUGCAGCUGUAGUGUGUACAGUUCUGAAAUGUGGUUCUGCUGUUUCAACAAGAGUAGUGGAACGUGAUGAUAAAAGACCGGUGUGGUGGAUCAGAGGUUCCUGUGUCCAGACUGCGUCCUCUCUGUUUCAAUGUGUAGAUUAUAGAACUUAUUCCAGCGACAACGUCCUUGAGGUGAUCUGCUCAGAUUUGCUUGAAAAGCCAAACAUCACCUUCUCCUUCUCCACUGACGGGGCCUCCGAGGCCACGCCGCAGGGCUACCAGGCCCUCAUUGGCACUAGCUUCAACAUCACAUGCUCCGUCCAACCUCAGUAUGAAGGAGGAGAUUUCCAGCUCAUCUUCUCUGACUCCAACACAACACAGAGCUACACCCUGACAGUGGUCAACCAUUCUGCCCAUUUCCUGUUUCCUACUGCAAACCAGAGCCACGGAGGGCAGUACAGCUGCGUUUAUCACCUCCAUGCUUUCUCCCAUAACUUCUCCUCAGAGAGCCAGACUCUCUCUCUCACUGUCGGAGACCCUCUGAGAGACCUGAUCAUCAGAUGUGUGGUCCUGCUUGGUAGUCUGCUGAUAUACGACACUGCCCUCUACUGCUACUUUAAGGUCAAAACCAAGCGGCAACCUCCGGUGCUGAGAAAUGAAAUCAAUGUGGAAAUGCAAAUAAUUACAAUACCGCAAGAGUCCACUUGAGGCUGGCUGCAGAAACAGUCCAGUCUGGACACCUGUUAAACAGCCGGUUUUUAC